AUGGUUAGCUCUGCACUGAGGCGGUGUCUCCCGUCCCGUGCCUCUCUCCAUCAUGCCUUUCCUCCCCACCUGCCGCCCGCCGCUGCCAGCGCCUUCCGUCGCUCAUUCCAGUCCAGGGAUGGCGAGACUAUGGACGAAUUCGAAGAACGGCUGUUUGGGAGGAAGGGCACAGAUGAAGGAUCACUCUACGCGAAGCUUGAUAGGGCUGAGAACGCUGGUAGGAGAUACAAUAUGGGCUCUGGGAUGGGUGGUUUCACUGGGUUCAGUGACAGGAGCAGAUCUGGGUCGUCCAUGGGUGGUUUCCCUGGGUUCGGUGACAGGAACAGCUCUGGUUUCCCUGGGUUUGCUGCAUCUGGCGACAGGAGCAGCUCUGGGUUGAUGGGUGGUUUUGAUUCUUUGCACGAUGGCUUAAGUGAUAAGCUUGCUAAUGUGGCACGCAACAUCCAAAUGGAGGAGGAGGAGGAGGACGACGACGACGACGGCGGCGACUGGGAAGAUGAUUUUGAGUUCAGGUCUGAUGUGCCGUAUAAGCGAGGUUCGACAUAUUCUGUUCGGGACCUUGACCUUAGAAGACCUGCAGCCGCAAAGAACCCUCCUAGACCACAGUUUGAAACAACUACAGCGGAGGUUUUGAAGAAGGCUGAUUUUAGGAACGUUAGAUUCCUCCCCAAAUUUCUUACAGAAGCUGGAAUUAUCAUCAAGAGAAGCCAGACCCGUAUAAGUGCAAAAGCUCAGCGUAAGAUUGCAAGAGAGAUAAAAACCGCGCGUGCGUUUGGGUUAAUGCCUUUUACAACAAUGGGUAGAAGACCAUUCAUCUUUGGCAGAAGCGCAGGGGAGCAUUAUUCGGAGGAGGAAUAUUUCGGCUUUGUGAAACAGAAGGAUGAUGAGCCUGUUGAGGAUAAUGGGGAUGUUGAGCCAAAUGUGGAGGCUGUGUAA